AACCCCUCUCUCUCUCCUUCUCUCUCUGGGUUCAUGGUGGUGCAUGCCGAGUAAAUUCUCAUCUUUCCUUGGGAGUAAUGAGACAUUAAAAUUUCAACCUGAAUUGAAUGACAAACAAGUCUUUUUAUUUAAAGUUAGAGUAAAAAGCUGUUACUGGGGAAAAAUUACGCUGGGUUCAAGCCCUUUUGUUAGGGAGGGUGAUAUACAGCAGUAGUGGAAAGAUUUAUAGCGUUAAUGGCUGCUUAAAUUUGUGUUUGGCUUAUUAAUUAUAUUAAAAUAAAAUAAAAGAAAAGAAAUAAAGAUAAUAUAAAAAGGGAAUUGGUAUUCAGUUUUCACGAGUUCUGUCGUGAUUGGAUCGAUACAACUUCUCAGUGCCGGAGAGGAAUUGAGUUGGAGCGGAAGAGGAACAGGGAGAGUUAAUCGGCGCUCAAAUUUCAAGUAAAGACAACAUCCACAAGCAUUGUUGCGACGACAGCAACAAGGAUGUUUAAGUAGCGUGACAAAACCAUUUCAUGAAGUUCUGCUGAUUUUCUGCGCUUUUCUCUCUCGCUGUAUUUUUUAUCUUCACUUGAACAAUAUAGGAGUGGACUUCUGUUACUGCAUCCUGUUUUCUUCAAAUCUAAAUCUCACCCUUCUAUCUUUUUCUAGGAAAUGUCGAGGCCUACUCAUAGAGGUUCACCCGGUGUCCGGAUCCCUGCGAAUAGCCAUGGUUUAUGGGAUUCAGAAAUUAAAGAUGGAACAGAAAAAGAAGAUUUGGAAAAAUCUCACUCUUUUGAUCAAAGCUAUUUAGCCUCAAGGUUUCCUUUCCAUGAUACAAGUAAUUCUCCUUCCAAAUAUGGUGUUAUUAAAAAUGGUUUUGCUUCUGAUCCUUUCAGCACUGGAACUACGAGAAGCCGACACAACUUUAUGAUUCUAUUUUUGAAGUUGAGCUUAGUUGUGAUUGUAAUUUUUGCUCUUACUGGAUCGUUUUGGUGGGCAAUUUCAAUUUCAACCUCAUCAAGAAGUCAGUUAUCUCAUAACUUCAGGAAGCUCCAAGAACAACUUGUAUCAGAUUUGUGGGAUAUUGGGGAGAUAUCUGUUGGUUCUCCGAGGUCAAAAGAAUUGGAUUUUUGUUCCCAGGAUGCUGAGAAUUAUGUUCCAUGCUUCAAUCUAUCGCAAAAUCUUGCCUUGGGUUUUGCCGAUGGUACUGAGUUGGAUCGACACUGUGAAGGUGGGUCAAGGCAAAAUUGUCUAGUUCUUCCACCUGUGAAUUAUAGGAUUCCACUUAGGUGGCCAACUGGAAGAGAUGUUAUCUGGGUUGCAAAUGUUAAAAUUACUGCCCAGGAGGUACUUUCCUCUGGAAGCAUGACCAAGAGGAUGAUGAUGUUGGAUGAAGAGCAGAUUUCCUUCCGCUCAGCCUCGCUAAUGUUUGAUGGCGUUGAAGACUACUCUCAUCAAAUAGCAGAAAUGAUUGGGCUGAGAAAUGAAUCUAACUUCAUACAAGCUGGUGUUAGAACCAUCCUGGAUAUAGGAUGUGGUUAUGGCAGCUUUGGAGCACAUCUGUCUUCCAAUCAGCUCCUGACCAUGUGCAUUGCAAAUUAUGAGGCCUCAGGAAGUCAAGUUCAACUAACCCUUGAAAGAGGACUUCCUGCAAUGAUUGGUGCUUUCACUUCAAAACAGUUGCCAUAUCCAUCACUUUCCUUUGACAUGGUGCAUUGUGCUCGUUGUGGUAUUGAUUGGGACCAAAGAGAUGGUAUUCUCUUAAUUGAAGUUGACAGAGUUUUGAAGCCGGGUGGAUACUUUGUUUGGACUUCGCCACUUACCAAUCCUCAUCGUUUUCUCCGUAACAAGGAGAAUAAAAAAAGAUGGAACUUUGUUCGUGAUUUUGCAGAAAAUCUCUGUUGGGAGCAGUUGUCACAGCAAGACGAAACUGUUGUAUGGAAAAAAACUAGUAAAGCAAGUUGUUAUAAUUCUCGGAAGCCUGGCUCUGGCCCUUCUAUCUGCAGUAAAGUCCAUGAUGUUGAAUCUCCAUAUUAUCUACCUCUCCAAGCCUGUAUAAGUGGAACACGCAGCCGCAGAUGGAUUCCCAUUGAAGAGAGGACCAAUUGGCCCUCUAGGGCCCACUUCAACAAAAAGGAGCUUGCCAUAUAUGGUGUAGGUCAAGAAGAUUUGACCGAGGAUACUGAAGAUUGGAAAUCAGCAGUCAGUAACUAUUGGUCUCUUCUGUCCCCAUUAAUAUUUUCGGAUCAUCCUAAGAGACCUGGUGAUGAAGAUCCUUCUCCACCUUAUAACAUGGUGAGAAAUGUGCUGGACAUGAACGCUCAUUUUGGUGGCUUUAAUUCUGCAUUACUGGAAAAAGGGAAAUCAGUGUGGGUCAUGAAUGUCGUCCCAACUAUUGCAACCAACUAUCUCCCAAUGAUUCUUGACAGAGGUUUUGUUGGUGUAAUGCAUAAUUGGUGUGAAGCAUUCCCAACGUACCCAAGAACUUAUGACUUGGUGCAUGCAGCAGGACUUUUUCCCCUUGUAGCAGAUCAGCAUAGGUGCUCCAUGCUUGAUAUAUUCACUGAGAUAGAUCGUAUCCUUCGUCCAGAGGGUUGGGUGAUAAUUCGCGAUGAAACUCAUCUUGUUGAGUCAGUAAGAGCUCUAACAACUAAGCUGAAGUGGGAUGCACGAGUCAUAGAAAUUGAGAGUAACAGCGACGAGAGACUUCUUAUCUGCCAGAAACCAUUAUUUAAGAAACAAGCAAGCUAAUUUUGAGUUCUCCAAGUGAAGCUCAAGAAGCUAAAUCAUGGUAUUUAUAUUCAUUUACUGAAUAUUAUUGAAUUACUAUAAAGCUCCACCAUACAAAGGGGAGACCAAAAAUUUUGAAAGGACAGGAAGAAAUCAUAAACACAGAGGAGAGCCAAACAAAAAUGAAUCAUGGUGGAACCAACCACACCUCCUGUGGAGCCGUAAGGCAUACAUAGGACCAUGUAAUUACUGAAAUUCAGACGCCAUGGAAGCGAGAUAAGUACACAAUUAGUUUCAAAUUAAAUCUUUCAUGUCAUGUCUCAUUAUAAUUAUACGACUACAGAAUAAGGUUUAUCUGCUGUAAUUUAUAAAAAAAAAUUCAGAUCGGUGCAUUCAUAUGAAGAAUUUUUUCUUCAUUUCUUUCA